UUCAUGGCGAUCGGCGUAAGUCGAACAUUUGAAGAACGAACGCUGUCCCACCAUUAACGGCACGUUUUCCUCGCUGUUUUUGAUUGCAUCAUCACAAGUAUACAGGAAAAUAUUGGGCCUCUGGACUACAAGACUCCUGGACACUUCAGUGAUUUGUCUAAUUUGGAAGGUGUGAGAUACUCCUCUUUGUUCUUUUCUGCACUCUUGUUCUGGCCUUUGUUCGCCUGUGUGAAAAUCUGCCAGUAAAUGGCUUUGAUGGACAAACACAAAGUCAAGCGGCAGAGAUUGGACCGCAUCUGUGAAGGCAUACGCCCCCCCAUACUGAACGGGCCAAUGCAUCCCCGACCACUGGUGGCACUGUUGGAUGGACGGGACUGCACUGUGGAGAUGCCCAUUCUGAAAGAUGUGGCAACCGUGGCCUUCUGUGAUGCCCAGUCCACUCAAGAAAUUCAUGAAAAGGUGCUGAAUGAGGCGGUGGCGGCUCUGCUUUAUCAUACCAUUACUCUGUCGCGUGAUGAUCUGGACAAGUUCAAAGGACUCCGGGUCAUAGUGAGAAUUGGCAGUGGCUUCGACAAUGUUGACAUCAAAGCAGCUGCAGAGCUUGGCAUAGCUGUGUGUAACGUGCCAGCCUCGUCUGUGGAAGAGACAGCUGACACUUCUUUGUGUCUGAUCCUCAACCUGUAUCGUCGCGUCACCUGGAUGCACCAGGCCCUGCGUGAAGGAACAAGAGCCUCCAGUGUUGAGCAGAUUAGGGAGGUGGCAGGAGGUGCUGCUCGCAUCCGGGGAGAGACGCUGGGCAUCAUUGGCCUCGGGCGUGUUGGCCAGGCCGUGGCUCUCAGGGCCAAGGCCUUUGGCUUUGGUGUGAUCUUCUAUGACCCUUACCUGCCUGAUGGUGUGGAGAGAUCACUUGGUCUUCAGCGCAUGGCUACCCUACAGGACCUGCUCAUCCACUCGGACUGUGUGUCCCUACACUGUAGCCUGAAUGAACACAAUCACCACCUUAUCAAUGACUUUACCAUCAAACAGAUGCGUCAGGGGGCAUUUCUUGUGAAUACAGCCCGAGGGGGUCUGGUGGAUGAGAAAGCUCUGGCCCAGGCACUGAAAGAGGGAAGAAUACGAGGGGCCGCGCUGGAUGUUCAUGAGACUGAGCCCUUCAGUUUUUCUCAGGGGCCGCUAAAAGAUGCUCCGAAUCUGAUCUGCACCCCUCACACAUCCUGGUACAGCGAGCAGGCAUCUAUUGAGGCGAGAGAAGAGGCAGCACGAGAGGUUCGCCGUGCUAUCACAGGUCGUAUUCCAGACAGUCUGAAGAACUGUGUGAAUAAGGAGUAUUUGAUGGCGGCUUCUCAGUGGCCCUCAAUGGAGGCUGCUGGCGUCCACUCUGAGCUUAAUGGAGCUGCAGCUUACAGGUUCCCUGCUGGUCUGAUUGGUGUGGCUGCAGGUGGUUUGCCUGGUGCUGGUGCCGGAGUGGAGGGCAUUGUAGCAGGCUCUCUGCCACUGGCACAUGCCAUUGCCCCUGUCUCACACCCCCCUCACACCCCAUCACCUGGCCAGCCCUCCAAGGCAGAGGCCGACAGAGACAUCCCCUCUGACCAGUAACACAUUCCACCCCCCACCCCCACCCCCAGCAGCAUCCUUUCACCUCCUCCAGGGGUGCAGUCGAUAGUAAUGUCUUGCCUUGAUGUGACCGGGGUCAACACAGCAGAACUCAGUUCAAACCCAGGAGUGACCUGUUUAAAACCCUUCCCUAGCCCAGUUAUAUUUCUCUAGUGGUUUUGUCCUUCCUCCACCAUGCAGUAAGCAAUAAUACUCUUCUCAAGGAUUGAAUAAUUGGGUUGACUUGCUUUCAUUUACCUUCAGACUUUUUUAAUGCUUUUUUUUUUUACUCCAGUCUGGACUAGUUUCAUUUUGUUUUGAGAAGUUUCUUAAACUUGACAACGUGUCCAACAGUUUUGUAAGCAUACAAGGAUUGAGUGAACUCCUUUUCCCACCCAGCAUACUUUUUAGGUCUCUCCUCACAGUCUUGUUUGUUUGUUUUGUUUUGUUUUUAUUUGUUUUGUUUCUUUCUUUAACAUCCGUGACAUCAGAAGAAACUGCUGGCUUGACUGUUUCAAUGGAUAAAAACAUAUGCUCUUCAUUUAGUGAGUUGUGGUCCAGGUUCAUAUGAAGAGCAUUGGAUGGACAUAUGGAGAACUCUGAUUAUCUCUGUAGAGAAUGACUUAUGAGGUCUGAGAGAGAAAGAGAAUGAGAGAGAAUGUUACCUGUCCAAUGCAGAAGGAGAGCAUGGGAUGUUGUAAAGGUCUGUGUGUGUGUGUGUGUGUAUGUGUGUGUGUGUGUGUGUGUGCGCGCGCGCAUUAUAAAUAUGAUGCUAGACGUAUUGCUGCUAUUACAGAUAAGAUCUGAUAUGGGUUAUUGCAGUGCUGAAUAAAUAACUCAACAUCUGGUAAGUAAAUUAAAGCAUAUGCCAUUAUUUGUAGUAGCAGGCAGUCAAAAACAUGAGAAUUUUACAUAUGAAAAUUUUGUUAUUGUGGAUAUUAAAUUACAUUUUGGUGUAUGGAAUAGACUCUUGCUACAGGGGUUUAAACUUGUCUGUUUUGUGAUUGAUGGUAGAAUAUUUGCAAAUAUUUGAUUGCCCCUGACAUUCUAAAGGUUGUCUUCAGACUCAUCAGUUUCAAAGAAAACAGUUUUAAGAUUAUUUGAUCUGUCUCCAGCUUAGCAGCACAACCCAAGCUCUGCAGCUCUUUUCCUUUCCCUGUUCUCCUCCGUACCUUUAAGAUGCUGCUGCGUCUCUUGCUAUAUUCCAGCAUUUAUUUUUUUCAUGAUACAUUUAGUGCUUUUGAGAUGCUGUUUGUUGCUGAUUUGUUUAGCUGUAGCACCCCUUUCACUCUUGGUAGUGUUUUAUUUUAGAUGAUGUUCCUCCUCUCAGCUCCUCCAUGGAGGGAGGGCAGCCUUUCCCACCCAUCUGUUUCACUCCUCUCUCCUUUUCUGUUUCUUUUACAACAUUGUCUAGCUAGAUCCCACGUGCCUUCCCAUCAACUGUCUUCUGCAUGGCACUUAAAAUUGCUUAAACGCAAACACACACACACACACAAUAUUUCACUAGCCACCAGCAGUAUGGUGCAUUUUAUCCAGCUCAGGCAGUGUGGUUGGCUCUAGAAGACUGAUCCUGGUUAGGGCUUCCUGUUUUGUUCUGUUCUGUACUGUCCACCAUAUCAGAGAAAGGGCAUAAAGCCUAAACCACAAACUGACCAUGUCAGGUGUAGAGCAGGGCUGCCCUGGUCUCAGCCUGGAGGCAUGUCCUGCCUUUUGUCCUUACCUCUUAAACAGGGAUGCAUUGAAUUAAAAACAGAUAUGUAAACUGUCAACUAGAGACCAGAGUGAUUGGUUUACGUUAAAUCGACAGGACUUUGGCCAUCUAAGACUGGAGAUUGACAUCCCUGGUCUACAUCUUUGCUAAGAACAUGGAGUGAUCUGAUAGGAACUUUGUUUUUGGUACCCAGGGGCACAUCUCUGGUGUGGUUUUCUAUACAGCUUACAAUGAUUAUCACUCAGAGAGGGCAUUCAGAAUAAGAUAGUAGUAGAAGGUCAUCUUAGUUCAUCAUUUGAGGGCAACCAAGACUUGGCACUCAUUUUGAGACUAAACUUGUGCUAGGUUACUUGUUUGAGCGUUGCAUUGGUCUGAUAACAGGAGAGAACUCAACACACAGCAGUACCGGCCACUUCAUACAUCACCCAUAUGCCCUGCUCACUGCUUAGAUGAAAGAAUAAAUCGAUAGUGAGCAGUGAUUCCCAAGUCCACUCUGUUAUAUACAUCACAGGUGUGUUGUGUUUUUGUGUACGUAAACGUUUGGAUUUAAAUAUGGGAAGACCUUUGCAGGCAACAUCCAGAGAAAAGAAAGUAAGAUUAGAUUCGAUUGGUUUAGUUUACGCUAGUUGCUUUCCAAAGGAGAGACUUCAGUGACUCUACUCUGAAUACUGUUUUGGUGUCAAGGGAAAACCUAACUAGUACCUCAGUAACAGAUAUUGAAUGUAUGUUCAGAUUUCUCUUUGUAUAGCCUUUUUUAGACAGUCAUUUCCUAUUUUUAGACAGAUAAUGUUUGAUUUUAGCCAGUGGCGUAUAUUGUAAUAUCCCCAUGUAGGAAUGUCUUUUUUGGCAAUGGGCAGGCUUUAUUCCAAGACUUGCUGGUUUAUUCCCAGAAAAGUGCUGCAACUUCUGCACCACUAGUGCGUGUAGAUGUGUAGUCUCGGAUCAUGGGGAAUUAAAUGGUUUAUAUGAGUUAAAACUGGCUGGUAUUAGAAUUAUGUAAACAUUAGAUUACUGGACAAAAUUCUUUCCAAGAUCCUCAUUAUUUGGCUGACAAGUUGUAGGCUUAUUAAAUGAAGAGCAACCUUUUUUGAAUGUAGUCUUGCACAUAAAAUUUGUCAGAUCAGUGAUGCGUAUUAGCCUCAGUAGUGUUGGAAAGCAAAGUGUGAGUUAGGCUAGUGGCGUAGGAAAUUUGAUGUCUCUCUGUGUUACUUUGUCAUUCUCUUAAUAACCCUCCAGCUGCGAUGUUUUGAUCUCGUUGUUUCAGUGAUGUCCAGCUUUCCUCGACACAAGCAACACCACUUGUUACAAAAUGUUAUCUGCUUUUUUGUUCAGGCAAUCAGUAUAUGUACUCUGAAUUUUCUCCCACAUUCUUGGAUUGUUCACCUUGUUUCUUUUUUCCCUUUUGCACGAUGUCAUCAGGCUUUGUAAUUAGCUAUGCAUGGGUGUAUUGGAACCAUGUGCAGUUUUAGUCUUGUCAUUCAGUGUUCAACAUGUUGUACUGAAACAUUUCAAAAAAAAAGGGGGGGGGGGGGUUCCUGAGCUGUUUCUUUCUCUUCUUCUCUUUUUUUUUCCUGAAAGAUUCUGUUCCGCUGUACUUAAAAUAGUCCUCUAGACGACAUUAUCAUGCCCCGCGCUGCCUUAAUACUGCUGACUGUGGUGGGCCCUGUGUAUUUUUUCUCCUUCCCCAAACACUCUUACACAUAUGGCAAAAAGGAAGGUGUGGUUUUGUCUAGAGAAACAACGCUAUAAGGUCAUUCAGCUGUGAAACAGACAUGUAUUUCAAGACAACUGAACUUUUUGUUUUUGGCCUGAAGAUUUGAAAUUUACUCUAUUGUGCUUCAAGGCUCUUUCAGGGCAUGCUUCAGCCUUUGAGUGAGUGUAGCUAACAUGGAUAUAGUGGAAAGAGAAGACAUGGACUGGAGCUGUCAUUUUCUCUCUCAGGGUUCAAAUGCACACAUAUCCCUUAGCAGUCUGUCACAACCCACUUUGCAGCCCUAGAAUGAAAAUCAUGCAAGUUCCAGAGCCUUCAUUCACGCACAAUGAUUCCCCUUUUUUUUUUCUUAAACGCAGUUGCCGUUCUGAUAUCUAAUAGUUAAAGAAUGAAUGUUUUAAUAGAACUGUGUAUAUUGUUAAAAUUGGGAAAUGUAUUUUUGCAACAUGUGAACAUCUUUUCUUCUGUCUUUUUUUUUUUUUUUGUGA